AUGCCUUCCAAAACAAAAGAAUUACAUCCUUAUCAGAAUGCUGACAUUUUGUUAAAUCAAGAAAAAAUCGGCUUUCUUGGACAGAUAUAUCCUCAACAAGAUUUGUCGCUUAUUUUUGAAGAAAACAUUCCUGCUGGCAAAGUUAUAGAAGUUAUUAAGAAAAAUGGUGAUCCUUGGUUAAAAAAAGUAAAAGUUUUUGAUGUCUACCAAAGCAAAAGGGAUAAAGAAAACAAGCAAAAAUCUUUGGCCUUUCGGUUAACUUUUCAAAGCCAAACAAAAACUCUUCAAAAAUCAGAAGUUGAAGAAACUGUAAAAAAAAUCAUUUCUCAACUUGAAACUUCCUUAAAUGCUAAGUUGAAAAUAUAA